UCACGCAGGAACAGCGUGUGUGAUCUCGCGCGCCAUCAGAGACCCAAGAGAUCAACUAUGGCGGAAAGGUAGGGAAGACGUUCAUCACCUAAACAGGGGAUUCGGCCUCAGAGAGCUACAGUCUGACCGGCACACCAGUCUCCAUCUGCUCAACACGGAAGUCGCUGUUGUAGAGCAAAGACUUUCUGUCCUGUCUCUUGGUUGUGCGCAACGCCAGGCCCCGGAACACAAAAAAAGAUGCCGAAUAUUAAGAUUUUCAGCGGGAGCUCCCACCAGGAUUUGUCUCAGAGGAUAGCCGAUCGGCUCGGACUCGAGUUGGGAAAGGUCGUCACGAAAAAGUUCAGCAAUCAAGAAACAUGUGUGGAGAUUGGAGAGAGCGUACGUGGCGAGGACGUGUACAUCGUUCAGAGUGGCUGUGGAGAGAUCAAUGACAACCUGAUGGAGUUGCUGAUUAUGAUUAACGCCUGCAAGAUAGCAUCGGCUUCCCGUGUCACCGCAGUCAUUCCCUGUUUUCCUUAUGCUCGCCAAGACAAAAAGGACAAGAGUCGGGCGCCAAUCUCCGCCAAACUGGUGGCCAACAUGCUGUCGGUCGCAGGAGCAGAUCAUAUCAUCACCAUGGAUCUGCAUGCCUCUCAGAUUCAGGGGUUCUUUGACAUACCCGUGGACAACCUGUAUGCUGAGCCUGCUGUGCUGAAGUGGAUUAAGGAAAACAUCCCUGAAUGGAAGACCUGCACCAUUGUCUCUCCAGAUGCUGGAGGAGCUAAAAGGGUCACGUCUAUAGCAGACCGGCUGAAUGUUGACUUUGCCCUCAUUCACAAAGAGAGGAAAAAGGCUAAUGAGGUGGAUCGCAUGGUGUUGGUGGGAGACGUGAAAGACCGUGUAGCUAUCUUGGUUGAUGACAUGGCUGACACAUGCGGCACCAUCUGCCAUGCUGCUGACAAGUUAAUAUCAGCCGGUGCAACCAAGGUGUAUGCUAUCCUUACCCAUGGCAUUUUCUCAGGGCCUGCCAUCUCGCGCAUCAACAAUGCCUGCUUUGAAGCUGUAGUUGUGACCAACACCAUUCCACAGGAAGAGAAGAUGAAGCAUUGUCCUAAGAUACAGGUUAUUGACAUUUCAAUGAUCCUCGCAGAAGCUAUUCGUCGGACCCACAACGGCGAGUCUGUCUCGUAUCUCUUCAGCCAUGUCCCCUUGUAACCCAUCCUCAGCGUGUCUCUUCAUUGUCCUCUUAAUUACCAAAAAAAAAAAGGGAAGGCUGACCUUAAGUUCUCACUAAGCUGUAUCUGACCGAGACCCCAAAGGAAUUUAAACUUCUCUGAAAACCUAACAUGCAAUCCACCUGUUGGAGUUGUUCAUCCCUAGUUGAGGAUUUUAGCAAGACUUGACUUUUUUUUAAGGUUAAGACUGUGUCCUUGUUCUUCAACAUCUCCUUUUUAUUGCAUUACAUGAAUAGUUGCGACUAGCUUGACUAGAUGCUCAGCCAUUCUGGUGACAAUCUGUUACACUUUAAUCUAUUUGGGUUCAAUUUCUAUAUUUGCAACAUGCAUCUCUACACAGGCAGAAUGUUUAAGAUCGUCAAGUGAGUUUAUUUCCUUCUUCUGUUCCUUAUGGUUUGUUUUAGUAGAUGCUGGGGGAUCGUAACUUGGGGUCUCUGCAGGCUGGAGCUUCCUUGAGAGUUCUUUUGUCCACUUUCUUUACUUUUUAAAUUUGAAUGUAUUUUCUAAAAUGAUUUAGCCACACUUUUUUUCACACUUUUCCAUGUUGAAAGUCUUAAUUCUGUUUCUUUUAUAUACUGUAUGUUGAGUUUACUUUGUUUUUCAUUUCCAAAGGCUAAAUUUGUUCUUAUUAAAGAAUUGUGACAAAGAGCA